AUGGGAAAUAAAAAUUCAAACUUAAGGAGGUCUUCGAGUUCAAACAGUAAAAAUGACCGGAUGGUCAAUAUAAAUAUGAUAACGGAUGAGAGACAGGUGGAUAGGUUGCAAGUGCAACACCAUCUCUUCCGGACGCUAUGGGGGGGAAACUUCUGCUCCCCUAUAGCAGAAGAAUUAAGAGCCGGUGGAUCCUAUGUUUUGGACGUGGG